UCUUGCAAUGCGAUUCUAGAGAGCUUUGAAAUGUCGAAUAAAGUGGUUCUUGAAUUCCAACCGAACAAAAUGAAAGGGUGGGUGCCGAUUGUGAAAGUCAACAAGUCUGGUAUGUUCCAAAUUCACCAUCUUGAAGCGAAUAGAUCAGAAUCAUACCGACUGGCAGAGAACGUCUGUGACUUCAACACGCUAGGAUGUACGUUUGAUGCCCGUGUAUCCUUGAAGUUGAAAAAAUGUCCAGAUGAACGUAAUGGUUUACCAAGUUUUCGCUGCCAAGCGUCUAAUGAAUAUGAAACUGCAAAUUAUUCGGAGGAAAUAGAAUUGCAAAUAACAGGUCAACCAACAUACAUUGAACCCCCGUCUAUUGUUCAUCCUCUGAAUCCAAAGAUCUUCACAGUUGGUGAUGUAUUACAGCUGCAGUGUACAGGCAAAAAGGACUACAGAGCUGAAAGUGAGACUAUCAGAUGGUGCAAGUCUGUAUCAGGGCAGUAUGAGGUCAUAUCCCUACAUGAGAAUCAUCAAACUCACAAUGUAUCCCAAAGUGACGACGGCUGUACCGUUGUUCAAACAUCAGAGAUAUUUUAUCACAUAACGAAGGAAGACAAUGAUCUUGAAAUCAUAUGCGAGCUGGGAUAUAAUAAAAGCAAUAAGAUAUGUGGAUACGGUAGAUUUAAUUCAACACUUCACAUCGAAACUCAAGGUAGAUAUAAACAGGUGCUUGUUUGA